CCAACGGUCGUGUGCGCGGAUACCCCUUGACUCUACUUCCCGCGUUUUGUCGCUGGAAAAAAGGUCCAUCUUUCUGGAAUAUACUCCAUUUCAUCCGCGAAACGCCCACAACAGCCGAUCGGAUGGCUGAAUAAUUGAUAGAGAUAUUAUGCCCCGCCCACGAAAUAGUUGCAAUUCGAGUGGAGAACGCUGCUCAUCAUAGCAUCAGUCCAGAAAUCUAGGCCCCAAAAUCCCUAGUCCUCAAAGUUUCGGCAAGAGGAUUCGGUAGCAAAAAACGUGUGUGCGCGUCCCAUGGCAGAACUGGCAAGCUAGGGAACCGGAAACGGAAACGGCCACGCAAUCGGAACCGGAACUGGAACUGAAACCAAAACCCCUACCGAUUUUGCAAACGAUCGAACGGCAUUAGCAAGGCAUGGACACCGCUGCUGCCGCCGCCGCUGCAGUCGCCGUUGACCUGAAACCCGAUCAGCAGCUCAUCGGAAGCUCCACAAAGACCAGGAUUGGAGCAGGAGGACUCACUGGAACCACUGGAUGCGAUUGUCUGGGUAGUACCGUGGAAACCAUGUCAUUAACGCCGCCACCAACACCGCCUUCCCGCGCCCCUGGAGAUAUUCACGUUGAACCAACAGUACCAGGUAUCCCAAAUGCCCAAGGGGAGGUCCACUCCUUGAACGGUCUGAAAGGCAAGGAGGCGCCCGACACAGUAACAGCAUCUACUGAAACCACUCAGCAGGAUCUGCCCGCCACAUCAUCAACGUCUUCCGCCAAAGCUUCCACAACGCCAACGUCUGCCUUGCUUGGGUCAGGAUCAGGAUUGGCUUUGGGAACGGCAACAGAACAUCCACCAGCUGCAGUUCCACAAGUACCCAGUACCAGUUCAACUAGCAGUUCCGGAUCCGGCGAGAACGUGGUGCAGCUGCUGCCCUGGCAAGAUAUGCCCACGUAUCUGCAGUUCAAUCCGUACGUGCUCCGUGGAUACAGGCCACUGCAGACCUUCAAGGGCUGCCUCCUUAGUCUGUUCUACUGGCACAACGAGACCAUCAACAUACUGACACAUGCAAUACCCAUCUUUUACAUCCUGGCCAUUGUGCCCGGACUGAUGCCUUGGGACAGUGGCUACAAGUUUCUGUCAUUCUGUCACGUAUUCGGAUCGGUGGCUCCGUGGUGCGGCAGCUUCGUCUAUCACCUGUUCAUGAACAUCGAGAAGGGCGAGAACGUCUACUACACUCUGCUCAAGUUGGACAUGGUCGGCAUCUGGGUGAGCCAGAGCUUUGGUGCUCUUCCCCUGGUCACAGCCACCACUUUGUGUUUCCCACCCGUACUCAAGUGGCUGAUUAUUGUUUCCUAUUGCGUGCUCUCGCUGUGGGGCCUCUAUAAGGCUCUAACUGCCAGUUCACCCUGGCAGCGUCGCUUGUGCUUCGCUCUGCCCUUCGCAAUGCGCUCCAUCCUGACCUUUCUGCGCAUCCGUGGAAUGGUGGGCGGCAGCCACAUGGCCCUUUCCCAUGUCUACCUGCAGGUUGAAGUUGACGGUGUCUCCAUAUUGGGCGGUGCAAUCGGAGCGAUGCGAAUCCCUGAGAAAUGGUUCCCCGGAGUGGUGGACUUCUAUCUGAACUCCCACAACAUAAUGCAUGUACUGGUCGUGGUGGCGGUUUACUCCAUGCACAAGGCCACCAUUAAGGACUUCGAGUGGAUGUCGACGCAGACCUGUCACACCGCAGCCAAUGCCACUGAACAGGCUCUGGGGCACGUGGAGCUAUGACCCGCUUAUUGGCUGCUGCCGCUGGUGCUGCUGCCCUUGCCUUGGAUAAUCCUGGCCAGACGACGGGCUCGGACGCAUCUAAUCCGUGCCCUGAUCGCUCCUAUCGGCUGGCGGAGGAGACGAGCUGAAAUCCCCGGAUGAGACUAGAUAGACAUCCAUUGAAGAUGAACGCUUCUUGAAUAUACCGUGUAUAAGAGAGCGCCGAUGCUGUUGCAGUAACAAUAUACAUAUGUAUAUCUAGGUGUAGGUAUAGGCCAUACAUAUAUGAACUGUAUGUGUGUAUUUACAUAUAGUACAUACUUCGACUGUGGUAUUAAGCAUUAAGGUUAUAUAAUUACGGAGACGAGACGAACGAAAGGAUGUCAGGAUGGGUUCGGAACCAAGUCUUCGGAUUUUCACGCUAAACUCUUGAUUAUACAGUUGCAAUAAUGGCUGGAUAAAUGGCUGGAUAAAUGAAUAAUGAGUAAUUGUAAUGAUGAUUUGAAUGAUGUUGAUACACAUGUACCUCAUUGUGCUUACGACAACACAUCUUAUUUUCAAAUACUCGUAUGUAUAACUUUGUACCUCGUCGACAAAUUCUACAAUAAGAACACCUAUAAGCUAAUCUCUUCCUAGUUGAACUUUUUAGAUAUGCAAAUUGUUAAUUUUUGGCAAGCUAGUGGUAGUGUAAGCCUAUUCGAUGCUCCAAUCUGUGCAUAGUUGUGAACGAAACUCAACCAACCAACCAACCACUCAGUUGUUGCCAGUAGUAGUUAGUUAGUAACCUGUAUUCAAGUUGGACAAGUGUGAAAACAAAAAUACAAUCUUCUGGCAAAUCGCUACUGCAACGAAUCACGUACAUACAUACGUAGUAAUGUUCGAUAUGAAUUGGGUUUAUAUCAUUUAUGUCAAUUGAUUGCGCAAUAUUAACCUCAAGUAUUUAUUGAGCUCCCCAGAGUAUUGAAUAUUAUUAGAAACCGCAAUAUUUAUAACGACUACAAGUACCCUAGGUGAUAAGCAUUAGGGCAGGUAUACAACAAACUUAACUAUACGAUAGCAAAAAACCUUUGAGCGUCGAUCUAUUUUAAUCCUAGCAAUGCGAACAAUUAUGAGUAAAGCGUUUUAGUAGUGUCAAUAAUUUACACCACCCCCUCCCCUCGAAUGUAAGAAGGAGUCAGCGAGAGAGAGCAAAUCUAACAAGUGAAACGUAAGCUAACAAACGAAUUCAAACAAACAAAGCAAUAAUAAUAGGCAGACUCAAUGCUUUAAGUUUAAAGUUGCUGCUAGAUGUAAGUGACAAUUAUACGAAUAAUGUAAAAUGAUUUUCUGAGAAGGUUAAUAAACAUUAAAAGAGUAUUUAAUGAGCAAAAGAAAGUCA